CUGACGUACGGAAACAGCCAAUCAAAUUGCUGCUUGCGGUGACGCAGAAAGGUAGGAAGUUGAAUGGCCUGGACGCAGAGGUUCAUGCAGCCAUGUGGCCGGUGAUCUGGACUGCCAUGCGCGCUUACGCGCCCUACGUGACCUUCCCGGUGGCCUUUGUGGUGGGAGCUGUUGGAUACCACCUUGAGUGGUUCAUCCGGGGAACUCCCAAUGCCCCGGGAGAGGAGAGGGGCAUUGCAGAGCUACGGGAGGAUAGGAAAUUAGAGGAACUGACCGGUCGGGACAGCACACAGGUCCUCAGCCUGAAGGACAAACUGGAAUUCACACCAAAAGCAGUGCUGGAAAGAAACCGACCGGAGAAGAGCUAAGUUCUGCAAGAUCGCGUGUAACGAUGUGCAGCUUCUCAGACUUUGGCCUCAUUUGUCACCCUCGACGGCCCCUGGGAUAGGAACUUUCUUUCAUCGAAAAACGUCUUUUGUGGGAUCUCGUGUCCGUGUCGCUCGGUUCAGCCGCCCUAAUUGCUGUAAUAUUUACCAGGCCGGUCGGAGCGGUUCGACUGCUGAGAGAAUUUCUUACAACUUUCAUUCUUUGAAACUUCUUAAAAAUCCGUCUUCUGCCCUUAGGCGCGCGGACACAUGACUGCAUCGCACACGUCCCGACUUGGAGAGCUUUAAUAAGUUUUCCCGUUCGUGCUCCCCGUCAUAUGCUCAUGAGACCGAAGCUCAAAGAAAGACCACCUUUGUUAAGUCUUUGGACCGUACGAAUAAAAGUGCGUCUAUGCGAAGCGGCGCUCGAGUUGGACUAGAAAAUGUUAGAACUUUGAGGAGUCCACGCACGCUCUCUCGUUGUGAUCUUUUGCUAAUUAGUAAUAACGAACUCGGUGAAUAUAGUGGGGAAUGGAAGCCGUGUUUAGCCUCGGUGCCCUUUUAGGUUGUGUAAGAAUUCUGCGCACACUUGAAAUAUCGGGGCUAUAAGGUUUAGCUUGUAUUUCAUCCCAAUUAUCCGUGGGUUUGAGACCUUGUUGCAUGUGCGGGACAGUGAACUUGUAGUGUUGCAAAGAUCAUUACCCAUGUAGUGCUUUCCUAAGCAUUGUAAUGGCUAAAAUGUAAGUGAUAAUUGCACAGCUACCUUUUGUGCCGAAGUGUGUGG